AAAAAUAUAAUAAAUUAGAAAAUGAAGUUUUCAAUUGUUAUUGUAAAUCAAUUACUAAUUGAAAUAUUAAUACUACUAUUGGUAUUGGAUUUAUCUAAUCAGUCGGAACCGAUUAAAUUAUAUCCUAAUCUAAAACAGCCGCUUAGCCUACCUGAGCGCGAAAAAAUAAAAUUUGAUAAUUUUGAAGAAAUUAAACUUCAUAUGAAAACAAUUAUUGGAAAUACUGAAAAGCCUAAAAAAAACAAAAUUUCUGUUAUCGACUUUGACUUAACUAAAAUUGAUUUGAAAAAUGUGACACAAAUCGUAUCAUUUUAUAAUGAUUAUACAAAACAUUUCAACAAAAAAUAUGAGACCAAACAUGAAGUGGAGGAACGAAUGAAUAUAUUUAAGGAAACAAUUGUAUCGAUUAAUGAACACAAUUCCGAUGACUGUUCCCAUUAUACACAGGGUAUCAAUGAAUUAUCAGAUAUGACAUGGCCAGAAAUUGUAAAACAAAAAUUGGGUUUAAAUAAAGAAAAUGUGACCAAAAAAAGCAAACUGCCUACAAUAACAUUAUAUUCGGCAACCGAAACACCCGCUAAUAAAAUACCGGUUGAAUGGGAUUGGAGAAAGUAUGGUAUUGUAACACCACCUAAAAAACAGCUAACUUGUGGUUCGUGUUGGAGUUUUUCAUCUGUAUCUGUAUUGGAAACUUAUCUAAUGAAAAUACAGAUCUCUGAGGGAAAGUUUGAUCCGAAAAAUCAAUUGACAUUAAGUGAACAAAAUUUGUUGGACUGUUCCGGUAGUUUCGGUACACAGGGUUGCGAUGGAGGCAGUACUCGAAUGGCAUUUAAUUAUCUUAAAGAAAGUAAAGGACUCAAUACUGACAAAGAAUAUCCAUAUAUUAAUAAAGUCAGCAGCAGCUGUCAGUUAAAUAAAGAAAAAUUAGUUAAUAUUGAAGUAAAAGAAAGUCAAAGCAUCGAUAGUGAGGAUGAAUUGGUGUCGACUAUCUAUAAUCACGGACCGACUACUGUUAGCUUUCAUACAACCAAAAAAAAUUUUAAAAAUUAUAAAAACGGCUUAUUUGAAGAUCCUAAAUGUAUUGCCAAAAAUAUUAAUCAUUAUAUGACUGCUGUUGGUUAUACUGCCGAUUAUUUUAUACUAAAAAACAGUUGGGGCCAAGAGUGGGGUGAAGACGGCUACAUAAGGGUGUCCAGGGCUAAGGUUGCAGAAAAUUGCGGUCUUUUUGAACAAUCAUAUUAUCCAGUGAUGACCAAUGCUGUCGAAACUGAUAAAAUCAAAGACAAACUAAAGAAAAAUUAAAUAAUUAGCUAAAUAUUAAUAUUAAUAAAUAAAUU